UUACUAUUACAUUUGUGAAAUUCCUUUGGAUGUGCGUUUAGUGUUGCUCAUAAUUCACUUCAAAGGAUUGCACAUUUCUUAUUAACUGCACGCGAAUCAUUUACUUUAGCAAAUCGUACUUUGCACAUACCUACCUCGCAGACUUACCUCAACCUCGUGGUUCUGACCGACUAGAUGUACAUUAAAUAAUAACCAUAAAACCCGUGAAAAUGAAAUUGGACAUCAUCUUAAGGUGAAGGUCGUAACCGUUAACCGAUAACAUUCCGUGUAGCCAGACGCUGUGGAUAUAACUGGUUUUACCAAUUUAGUAACGUUCCUACAUCAAAUAGGUACUGGUUAUAAACCUUUCAGUCUAUCGUAGGACUUUGACCGAUCAUCAUCGUGCAUACUAUUAUACCUUCCUCAACCCUUUUGAAAAUCGCGGGAAAUAUUCAUAUCAAUCAUUUCCAGUAUUUUUAAUAAAUCGAGUGUUAGAUAAUAUUAUAAUUUCUUGGAUAGGUAUAAUGUUCGUUAUUAAUUUACACGCAAGCCAUUAUUAAAAUACUAAAAUUUUUUUUUUAUAUUUAUCUUAAUCUUUAUUACUCGUGACUGAUGCAAACACGUUCAUAAUUGUUUAUAAAAUUCUUACUUUAUGAUUAACACAGUAUUUUAUAAGAUAACAAUUUAAAAAUAUCACCAAUCUGUGUUCACUAGUUAAAUUUAAAAACUAAAUCGUUUGUUAACGGCCAAGUUCUAUAGUACAAUAAAAAAUCAUGAUAAAACCGACUAAACAUAAAGAUGAUUCAGCUGAGGUAUAUGUUGUAUCGCUCAAAUCUAAGUCAGAAAAACCAAACCUGGAUGGAGAUCGGUUGAAUAUAUUCCUAUUAAUAUUACUAUACAUAAUACAAGGAUUUCCUAUAGGCGUAUCUACAGCUCUUCCGUUGAUUUUACAAAGUAAAGAAACGAUUACGUAUGAAGAUCAAGCAGCAUUUAGUAUAGCAUUAUGGCCUUAUAGCAUUAAGCUCUUGUGGGCUCCAAUUAUUGACGCACUCUAUAUAAACUCAAUUGGUAGACGAAAAUCCUGGCUAUUACCACUUCAAAUAUUAAUGGGAGUCACAUUUAUUUAUAUGGCCAACAAUAUGGAUGAUUGGUUGCCCGAGGUAGGAAAACCAAAUCUUAAAAUGAUAGUGCGUAUGAUUUUCGCCGUUAAUUUUUUAUCUGCAACUCAAGAUAUUGCCGUCGAUGGUUGGUCAUUGUCUGUGUUGAAGAAGAAAAACGUGAGUUAUGCCUCCAUGUGUCCUUCUAUAGGAGUACCGAUUGGAAUGUUCAUAGGUUCAGUUUGUUUCACUCUGCUGGUAUCUGAGCAUUUCAGCGUCAAAUAUUUAGGAGCAAUUAUCGGAACAGGAGGAGUUAUAACUAUGAAAAGUUUUUUUAAUAUUUGGGCUAUCAUAAUUUUGUUGCUCACACUAUUUAUUGGAUUAUUUAAAAAAGAAAAGUAUACAAAAGAAGACGGCCACGAAAAAAUCAGUGUUUUUCAAAAUUAUAAACUGUUGUGGGAAAUUUUAAAGCUACCUCGAAUUAAAGUAUUGGCACUAGCGUUGCUUACGAUAAAGAUAGGAUUUACUGCAACGGAGACUGUAACAAACCUGAAAUUAGUUGACGCCGGUGUACCUAAAGAUGACAUUAUGAUUAUAAAUUCAGUAAUGUACGUAAUUAAAUUUUUUUUCCCAAUGUUUAUAUGCAAAUAUAUUACGAGUUCAACGCCAAUGAGUUACCAUCUGAAAAUGACACCCGUCAGGUUAAUUUGGGGUAUUGUAUUCGCUGUAUUGGUUUAUUAUACACCAAGUUUAAUAUAUAAAAAAGAAGAAUUUGUUACUAUACCGUAUUAUUAUUAUAUUAUAUUAGGAUUGGUAUCUACUAUAAGCGAGAUGUUGAGUUUAUUCUUGAUGCUGACAUUACUUGCAUUCUUUUGUAAAAUAAGUGACCCUCAUUUUGGUGGAACAUAUAUGACACUAUACAACACAUUUUACUUUUUGGGAUGGUUAAUACCGAAUACUUUUGUUUUGAAACUAAUUGAUAUUUUGACUUUAAAUGAAUGUUCAAAUGAUGCUCAAAAUACAUGUUACACAAAAGACUUAAAAAGCCAAUGCCAAGCAAAUGGAGGAUCUUGUGAAAUUUAUGUGGACGGAUACUAUAUAUCAAUGUUCAUAUGUACGACUCUUGGGUUCAUUUGGUACUUUAGUUUUAGAAAUAUCUUAAAAAAAUACCAAUUAGUUGAUCUUUAUCAUUGGAUGGUGCAUGGGAAACAAUUAAGUAAUGAAGAAGUAAACGAACCAUGUAUUAUAUCCUCACAGUAAUUUCAUAUAAUGGCCAUAUUAAAUACUUAGAAGUCUAAGUAUAUUUUAAAUAUUAUAAUGUAUAUUAAAACAUUUUGGUUUUAAAAUAAAAUAAAAAAAAUCAUUUACGUUCUUACGUACACUUAAAUGAUUGAAACAUAUAAUGCUGCAACA